AUCGUCAGCACAAAGAUUAGAGAGUUCAGUUAGAAUCAAAUUUCUGGUCCUACCAUUUUAGGAAGUUACACAAAAACGGCAACAUGCCAGACGAAGACAAGGAAUCCUCUGUACGGGUGGCCGUCAGAAUUCGUCCACAGAUACCGCGUGAGCUAAUCGAUAUGUGCCGGGUGUGCACGCAAGUCACGCCUGGCGAGCCGCAGGUUCUGCUCGGAUCCGAUAAGGCCUUUACCUUCGACUAUGUGUUCGAUAUGAGUACGACGCAGGUAUCAGUGUACAAUAACUGUAUCGAAAAAUUGGUGGACGGAGCUCUACAAGGUUACAAUGCUACAGUCUUAGCGUAUGGACAGACCGGAUCUGGCAAAACGUACACGAUGGGUACCGGGUUUGAACGGGCCCUGCCAGAAGCACAGGAAGGCAUCAUACCACGGGCAGUGCGACAUCUGUUCGAAGGUAUUGCGCAGCUACAGCAAAACCCGUACGACGAGAACGGGACGUACCUUGGGACGGUGACGUUCAGCGUGGCCGCACAGUUUAUGGAGCUUUACAAUGAGGAAAUAAUAGAUUUGCUCGACCCUUACAAUAAAGGUGCACGUGUGUUUAAAAUCUUCGAAGAUGCAACCGGUGGCAUUUCUGUAGCGGGUGCCACCAUCAAACCAUUGGCAGGGCCACAGGAAGCGCUCAACUGUUUGCAACAGGGCGCCCUGGCCCGUACCACAGCUUCAACGCAGAUGAAUGAACAGUCCUCGAGAAGCCAUGCACUGUUCACCAUUCUUAUUCGAAGGCAGCGGGUCAUGACGGCGGAGCAGUGCGGCAAUGCGGAUGGAGACACGGAAACGCUUACCUCGAAGUUUCAUUUCGUCGAUCUGGCUGGUUCGGAACGGCUGAAGCGGACGGGUGCGACAGGCGAACGGGCUCGCGAAGGAAUCUCCAUCAACUGUGGACUGCUGGCGCUGGGCAACGUUAUAUCGGCGCUAGGUGAUAAAACAAAGAAGGUGUCCCAUGUACCGUACCGGGACUCGAAAUUGACACGGUUGUUGCAGGAUUCGCUCGGAGGUAACAGUCAAACGAUAAUGAUUGCAUGCGUUUCGCCUAGUGAUAGAGACUUUAUGGAGACGCUCAACACGCUGAAGUACGCCAAUCGAGCACGAAACAUUAAAAACAAAGUACAAAUUAAUCAAGAUCAGAGCUCGCGCACCAUAUCUUUACUGCGGCGCGAAAUUGCCAAUCUGCAGCUUGAGAUUCUCGAAUACAAACAGGGCAAGCGUAGUAUCGAUGCUGACGGUAAUAUAGCGAUAUCGGAUGUCUCCCUUGAGAAUGAGAUGCUCUCACAAGACAACAAGCGGCUACAGCAGCGUGUAAAGGCAAUGCAAGAGACAAUAAAUGCACUAACGGAGAAAAACGCCGCACUGCAGGCUCAGCAGACGAUUUCCUCACUGAAUGGCAAGUUGUCUUCUGCCGCUGGAGACGGUGCUGACCCGUCGGCAAACGCUUCUAGUCUGAACUCCAUGGCCGGUGAUAAUGAGUCGGCGAUGCAGGAAUUGAUUGUUGGCUACAUAAGUGAGAUCGAAAAGUUGAAGGCAAAAUUAAUCGAAUCGGAACAAAUGUUCCAACAGUUUAAAAAGGCCAAGAACUCACAGUCGAAACUAGGCAUAAAACCGUAUCCGUUUAUCGAGGAUAAUCCGGAAACGAUGAUCAAUCUCCUAAAGCACGAGAUGGAGAAGGAGCGGGAAACACUCAUGUCUCGCUCGUUACCGGGUCUGGAGAAUGAAUCGAGCAGUCUGGAGCAAAAUUCGGACAGCGAUUCCGAUACCGAAUCCGAUGAUAAGGCAGAAGUGUUGCGCGCGGAAAUGUUUGACGUAACUUCGGAUAUUGAGCUGAAAGCGCGGCUUAUUGAACAGCUGGAAGAAUCUCAGCAACGAAUGCAAGUUAUGCGCCAACAGUACGAAAAGCAAUUCAAUCUGAUGAAGGAAAAGAUUUCCAACACCGAACGGGAGCGGGAUGAAGUGUUGGCUACCAUCGGUUCCGGAGGGCUGGGUGCUGUGAACAAUAAGGGACAAAGUUCCACCAAUGAGACCGCUAUCAAACGCGUUAAGGAAGAUUACGAACGGAAGUUGAACGAGAUGCGCCGUCAGUUGAAUCAAUUCCAGGCGACGAAUAAAGAGCAUCUUCGAUUGCAGCGUAAUAUGCAGGUGCAGGACGCAAAGAUUAAAACACUGCGGGGUGAGCUGGCCGAGCUGAAGCAGGCAAAAACACGACUGAUGAAGAAAAUACAGGAAGAGAGCAACAGGCACAAAGAAAUGGAAAGCAAGAAGACGCGCGAAAUAGCGCAGCUACGGAAAGAAACACGGAAGCACAAGAAUAUGAUAAAAUCCUUGCAGGCACAGGGUGCGGCCAAGGAUCAGGUACUGAAGCGAAAGACUGAGGAGGUUUUCAAUUUACGAAAAUCACAACGCGGCGUAAUGAGCUUAAAGGCAGCCGGUCGUGUCCAGAAUGCUGCUUCCGUCAGUAGUAGGCUGCAAAGCACUAAACGGUACAAGACGCGCUGGGAAGAAUUGCAACGUACGAUAAUGCGGGCGGCCCGCUCUCGGCAGGCAAUAUUGGAGCUGGAAAUCGAGCUGGAUCGUGUGAUGCAGGAGCGAGAUAUGGUUAGUAAGGAUUUGCUAAAUUUGCGACACCGAACAAAGGAUAAUGCCGAGUCAACGUUGCACGAUCUCGUAUCGGAGGAGGACACGUUGAUUGCAAAUAUGAACUAUUUGCACGACACUAUAGGCGAGCUGCAAAAGUCCAUCAUCCAGAUCGAGGACGGAAAGGAUCUGAAUUCGGAGCAUGCACUGCUACAUACGCUUAUGGAUAACAUUGGAACCGUCGAAGAGGCCAAGUUCAUGCUGCAGCGAGUAUGUAGCGUUACGAUCGGGCACGUGUGUGAGGCUGGUGUAGCACAGUCCAGGUUGCGGGAAAGAGAUGCGUUGCUUUCGGAGUUGCAACGUGACACAAGCGUACAGGAGCAGCUGUUGCAAUACAUUUUGACCCGAGCACCGGCCACGUCGAUGUCGGAGACUAGCUUCAGCUCGGCACAGUCGGCCAACUCGUACGCUAUUCAAUCGCAAUCAAAUUUGCUGGAAAAUGGUGAACCACAACCGUCCUCAUCGACGUCACAGUAUCGCCUACCGCACGUCGUCGAUUCUACGACACGAAGUCCUUCGCCGAGCAAUAGCAACACGAAUCUCGACUCUUUCGUCACCUACAGGAACUCCUCGAAACAAAGACGAAACCCGGCCGUGGUGCCCUCGGUGGCUACCAUUCAGGAUUUGCUGUACGGCAGCAGCUCCAGCUACUUCGGCCCGGCCGCUGGUGAUGGUGCUGCCGCUGGCAUACCGGAUAAGAAUUCCAAUGCCAUCGCCGGCAGCAUCGGUGCCGGGUCCGGUGCCAGUAGCAAUGGGGUGAGCGGUGGCGGCAGCAAGCUUGAGAAAGUGGGUAUUUGUAUUUAUCUCGAGGAUUCCGCAGAUGCCGAUGACACGAAGCAUCACCCGCCCUCUCUGCAGGACCGGCACGUUGGGUCGGACGCUAUGACCCGCUCGUACACGAUACUGGACGGGGCGAUGGAUCCGGUCGCGGCAGCUAAUGCCGGACUGCCAAUUGCACCACCGCCACCAGUGGCUCCCGUUCCCGCCCGUACAUUUGUACCGCUUUCGCGUGUUCCAAGUGCGCCCGGUUCGCUUAAAGGUCUACAGCCACACCAAGGAUUGUCGCGGCAGAACAGUACGGCGUCACCGCUUCUUGCCAGAAAAUCGUUUGAAGCCAGCGGUGCUCCACCAUCGCCAAGAAUUAGCAGAAGGACCUUCACCAGCAAAAUGUCGCCCGGAAUCGAGGACACAAACGACGUACCGACCUCACCACCAGUAUACCGGCGUGGGGUCUCCCGUGAGGACAAUGGAGACGUAUUUUCACGCCUCGGAGCGGGAACGCAGGAUCCACAGCCAGGAGGAAACAUCAAGGAACUUAAUGGAAGGUAUAAGGCUGGAUCUCCGCUUAUCUGCACGCAUGUCGUCGAAGGACACUCGAACUCGGUCCUAUCGAUCAAGGUGAGCAACCAGAUGCUCUUCACGGCGGCUGCCGAUCGUACGGUAAAGGUUUGGGAUUUGCGAACAAAUUCUACGCCCCACUGUCUCACCGGUCACCUCGGUCCAGUAGCAGCUGUGGAGUACGAUCGCGUGAACAAUCUACUCUUCUCCGCGUCGGGAGCGUUUGUGAAGGUUUGGGACCUUCGAAGCAGUAACAUUCGUCCAAUUAUUACGCUAUGUUCCUCCGGUACAACGCUACCUGCCAGCGCGAAUCUGUCCGAUCUAGUGCCGGGUGAAUGUUCCAUCACUGCCCUAACGAUGGGAGCAUCUGGCAAACUUUACACGGCCGCUUCCGACAAGGUUCGAUUCUGGGAUCUUCGUCAAUUCUCUUGCCUCGGACGAUUGUCCGGUGGACAUCAAGCUGCCGUUAUGUGUCUGACUGCAUGGGAGGGUCCGAACAGUACCGAUCUGGUGGCAACCGGAUCGAAGGACCAUUACGUGAAGGUGUUUGAGGUGAAUUCGAGUGGAGGUGUGGUGCAGCCACUGCUAAACUUAGAACCACCACACUAUGAUGGCGUGCAGGCGCUGGCCGUCGCGAACGAUGCGAUCGGUGUCGAUGCGGAACUAUUUUCCGGGAGUCGUGAUUCCGGGAUCAAAAGGUGGGAUCUGCGCAAUGGAGAGCUUAAGCAGUCGCUCAACAACGCCCACAAAGGUUGGGUGUCCGGGAUGGCGAUCUACGGUGAUAUACUGCUGUCUAGCUGCCGCGGUGGCGUUGUGCGCCUGUGGAAUAUUAAAACUUGUGACAGUUUGGCCGAAAUGAAAACGGAACAGUCGAUCAACGAUAUCGUUACGAGCGACAACCGUGUCUUUACUGCUUCCAACGACGGAAAGGUUCGCCUUUGGCGGGUAUCGUCCUCUAUUCGACGGCUAGGGCCAAACGAAAGCAGUAUAUGACGCCAACAACGCACGGAAGCGAUGCCCGAAUCGAAUGGUCGGGUGAUGUUUAACAGACAGAGCAGUGUUCGACAGAAUCUUAUGACUCAAUCGGUGGAAAACUCCCGACCCUUUGGGGGCGUUGACGUGAGAGCAUCCUUACCAAUGACACGUAGUAGCUACAAUUAUUCAACCUCCUCGUCCUCGUCCGCAUCAGUCGCACCCAUGACACGCGCUUCCGUGCCUCCCCUAGCUACAGGUAGACCAUUAGUGCCCAACAGCACCGCAACUGGGCUGGCAACAACGAUGUCAAACUCGUUGCGAAACAGUAAGCUAUAUCGCAGCCUCAACCACAACUAUCUCAGUAUUCUGAAUCGCACAAAUCGCAGAUAGUUGUUCCUACUGGUGGGGGCUGUUUGGAUGGAUAGGUUAUUCA